AGAGGGAGGUCUGAUGUCACUGUUUCAGAGGUGAAGGGCAGGGGAACUUUCCCACAGCUGGGAGGGGUCUGCCUGUGUCAGAGGCUGACCGGGCACCCACGCCCCGAGGUCUCAGAGUGGGUCAAGGGCAAAGAGAGCUCUGGAUUGGGCAGAAGAUGAAAGACAGAGUGUGGGGUGGGGGUUGGGAACCAGAGGCGAUGAAAGGGUCCCCAGCGAGCACUGCCCGGCCUUGUCCCCUAGUCUGCGGGCGUCCGAGGAUGCUGAACCGGAUGGUGGGUGGCCAGGACGCCCUGGAGGGCGAGUGGCCCUGGCAGGUCAGCAUCCAGCGCAACGGAAGCCACUUCUGCGGGGGCAGCCUCAUCACAGAGCGCUGGGUCCUCACCGCGGCGCACUGCUUUUCCAACACCUCUGAGACAUCCCUGUACCGGGUCCUGCUUGGGGUGCGGCAACUGGUGAAGCCAGGGCCCCACGCCGUGUACGCCCGGGUGAAGCGGGUAGAGAGUAACCCCCUGUACCAGGGCAUGGCCUCCAGUGCUGACGUGGCCCUGGUGGAGCUGGAAGCACCUGUGACCUUCUCCAAUUAUAUCCUCCCCGUGUGCAUGCCUGACCCCUCGGUCGUCUUUGAGGCGGGCAUGAACUGCUGGGUCACUGGUUGGGGCAGCCCCAGUGAGGAAGACCGCCUGCCCAACCCGCGGGUCCUGCAGAAACUCGCUGUGCCCAUCAUCGACACACCCACGUGCAACUUGCUCUAUAGCAAAGAUGCCGAGUCGGGCUUCCAGCCCAAAACCAUCAAGGACGACAUGUUGUGUGCUGGCUUUGCCGAGGGCAAGAAGGACGCCUGCAAGGGCGACUCGGGCGGCCCGCUCGUGUGCCUGGUGGCCCAGUCAUGGCUGCAGGCUGGGGUGAUCAGUUGGGGCGAGGGCUGCGCCCGCCGGAACCGCCCAGGUGUCUACAUCCGGGUCACCUCCCACUACGACUGGAUCCAUCGGAUCAUUCCAGAAUUACAGUUCCAACAGGCUAGGUCGGGUGGCCAGAAGCGGGGGCCCCGGAACCAGCAGCCCCUCGCUCUGAACUCUGCGCCCUGCCUGGCGGCCCAUGUGGCCCUCUUGGUCCUUGUGGCCCUGCUCACCCUCCUCUGAGCCCUGGGGCCCGUGGUGUACAUUUGUAAAUAGCGCUCCCGUUCUUUCCUGUCAAAUACCCGGUUAUUUUUUAUU